AUGAAGCAGGUAGAGGCGCGGGCGGGCGGCGCGGGGCGGCGGGCUGCGGCGGCGGCGCGGCCUCCCCGCCCCUCGGCGCUGACGGGAGCGCUGUGGGGGUCCCCGCCGCAGGCGCUGGUGGACGACACCGAGGACGUGUCUCUGGACUUCGGCAGCGAGGAGGAGCUGGCGCUGCGGAAAGCCAAAAUCAGGCACCCACUGGCCACCUUUUUCCACCUGUUUUUCCGAGUGAGUGCUAUUAUUACCUACUUGUUCUGUGACUGGUUCAGCAACAGCUUUGUUGCCUGUUUUGUCACUAUUCUCCUUCUUCUAUCCUUUGACUUUUGGUCAGUUAAGAAUGUGACAGGAAGACUCUUGGUUGGUUUACGUUGGUGGAACCAGAUUGAUGAAGAUGGAAAAAGUCACUGGGUAUUUGAAGCAAAAAGGGUGCCUACAAUAGCUGCCUCAACUGAAGCUGAAGCUCGAAUCUUUUGGCUUGGCCUCAUCAUCUGCCCAGUGAUUUGGACAGUGUUUUUUUUCAGCACCUUGUUUUCCCUGAAGCUGAAAUGGCUGGCUCUUGUCAUAGCUGGUAUCUCCCUUCAGACUGCUAAUUUAUAUGGAUACAUCCACUGCAAAUUAGGGGGACAGAAAAGCAUCAGCAAAAUAACUUCAAGGUUUUUUGUCACAGCAGAUGUUGCCAAGAGACAGAGCAGGGGGAUUUCAGAAGACCGCACUGAAGGACAUGGGAAGACACGGACCAGAUAAUCGAUUAAGGAAAAACAAAAGGAGGAGCAGUAGGAGUACUCAGUUAUAAAAGCUGUUUUUCAUAUGAAAUUAUUGAAGUAAAGCUCUUCUAGAAUUGCCUGCAUGAAA